CACAAGCUUCCCGCGAUUUUGUUAGCUGAUGCCUUCCUUCAAAAAAGGCUUUAAAAGUGUUGAUCACUGUAAAAUUUUAACAAAAAGCCAUGGAUGAAUCAAUGGAGUCUCCUUCAAGAGGAUCACAAACUCCAAAAACCCCAAAUCGAACCCCUGGAAGAUAUCAACCUAACGCGUCGAUUAUUUCCGGCAUUCCCGUGAACGACGAUGAAGCAGAACGUGAAAGUCGUCGAAGUACUUUAAGCGGCUAUUCCGAAAAUGAGAUGACUUUGACGGAAGAAAAUGCUGCGGUGUCGUCUUUAUUACAGAUGUUCAGUGAAAAUAAAUUCAAUCGCGACAAUGUCUGGAAUUUCCAUUUGAUCGAUCAUUUCAGCAAUUUAGUGGCUAAGCAUCACAAAAGUAUGUCAAAUUUUCAAACGGCAGGCUCAGCGUUGGAAGCAAGUGCGAAAAUUUACGUGUUAAAGGUUGAUUCUUUGCAUCAACAAGCCUUGCGAAUUGCUUCAACCUUGACUCGGGAAUCCGCUCGAGCUCUUGGCGCUGCGAGAAAUGCCGAUGAAGACGACGACGAAGCGGAAAAUGGCAUGGAUCGCAGUUUAAACAACAAUUUAGAUCAAAAUUCGUCGGGAAAACGAACAAAAGAGAAGCGAAAACGACGCACAGCUUCCGUCAUAACGAAAAAUCCGGAGUCGUUGAAUGCGAAAUUGGAGACAAAUCCGUUCACAGAUCCAUUUUUUGCGAAAUUAAACUCGAUUGUGGGCGAUGUCAACAGCAGUAGUCGUCUCAUGCAGAACAUAAUUGGCACAAAAAAGGGUUCGUUGCAACUUCGGACUGAUUUGCCGUUUUGGGACAAGCGAGAAAUGGAGCCUCCCGUUUACGAUGAGAACGAAAAUUACGAAAAUCAGCAAAUUGUUCGCAUAAAAACGCAUGAAGCGACAACUUUUCAUGCCAUUCAUCACGAACUCAAGGGUUACAGCAUCUCAGAUAAGCCUGCCGAAGACGAACAAGAAGAAGAAAUGCCGCAAUCGAUCUUGCAUCAUUCCAUUGAAGCAUCUUUUCACGACAGAUCUGUCAUUAAUGCGAGUAUUGGCGCCGGAAUCGUCUUCGAUCCUGAUGCCGAAGUCGAACCAAUUCCCGUCGACAACAAUUUCAUGAUCGAUCUCGGACCUCCGGAUGGCGAAAAUGCCUUUUCGCAACUCGAGGAAGAAGAUCACGAAGCAAUUAUGCGUUGUCGAGGCUUGCGUCGAGCUCCUGUCAUCGUCGAAGACAUGGCUCCCGUCGAUUCGACUUCCGGCACACUCGAAUAUUCGUAUCGCCCGUUGGAAAAUUUCACAGAUUUUUGGGCAGGACCUUCGCAUUGGAAAAUUCGACGUCAACCGAGCAUGGCACGGAAGAGUUUCACGCAAGCCAGUCAAGCAGGAAGUCAAGUUGUGGCAAGCAAACGAAAGCGACGCAAGAAAAAGGAAGUACAAUUGUUCACGAAAGAGGAUUUGUUCAACUUUGAUCCGGGAAAUGUGUUCGUGAAGCGAGAUCCGGCGAAUCCAAUCAAGAAAAUUACGCAUACGAGUACGUUUAUAAGGACAAAAUGGAAUUCGAAAAAGUUAAAGUUGCCGACUCACAUGCAAUUUGAGGACAAUAUGUUCGAUAAUUUCUUGUCGGGACCUCAAUUUCGCCCAAUGAACAUAAAAGAGGAAGUAGAACCCGAACUUGAAGUCGAAAAAUACGAUUAUAACAACGAAGUUGACAUUGAAUAUUGUCGUGAUGUUCAUGCUGGCACAGAACCCGAAAUAGAUUUCGCCGCAGGAGACAAUCCAAACAUCAGCGACGAGCAAAAUAUCAUGUCACCUCCUCCUUUUGCAUCGCCAAUUAAUGAUAUUUCUCCGCCAACUCCUGAUUUUAUCGGGACUCAAUUCGCCGAUGCUCCGGAACAAGUUGAAAAAAUCGAAAUUCAUUAUGCGAAACGAGCAAAACCCGUCGACAUGAAGCAACUCAAAUCAAAAUGUUGGAAUUUGAUCUCUGAACUUCCGGGAAAAACGAGUGCUGAAACAGCAAACGGCGAAACUGUAAAAGAAAUCGAGUUCAAAGACGUUUAUGAUAAUUUGCCAAAAGUUUUGACGAAAUCUAUGGCAGAAAAUAUGAGCACAGGACUCGCUUUUUACUCAUUAUUGCAUUUGGCGAAUGAAAAGGGAAUUGAAAUAGUUCAGCAUGAGGAUUUGGAUGGAUGUACAAUCGUCAAAAAAGAUAAUUCUCCUUAAUUUGUUUAGUUUUAUGUUAGAAUGAACUUUCUUUUUUAAUGGUUUCUUAUGAAUCUAAAACGAAAUUCAUUUAAAAAAUUAAAAUAUUUGAUGUUAAAAGUGAAAAAUUCACAAAAAAUUGAAGGAAAUGUUAAUACUUAUGUCAAAUUUUAUUGAAAAAUUCGAUUUUUUUUUUAAAUUAGAGAUGAAAGUUUAAUUUAUUAAAAAAUUUUCAUAAUUUUUCGUUUAAAAAUAUUGAAUUUGUUCAAAAAUUUGAAGAAAAAAAUUAAAAAUAUUUCAAAACUUACCCAUUUUUAGUAAAAAAAAUUAAAAAUCUAAUAAAUUUUAAUUAUUUCUGUUUUAUUUAUCAAUAUUAACCUAUUUAUAAGGACUAAACCUAUCAAUAUCAUAUCAAUUUUUGCUU